AUGACAACAUUUUUCCCACGUGUAUCAAAAUUGACAAUUAUUCCAGUCGAUCGUGAAAGUUUAUUGAAUGGUAUUAUUCAUUUGGAAAAAUCAAAUAAUUCCAUAUUUCAAUCAUCUACUCUUUCACUUAAAGAUAUUUGUACUCGUCAUCUUCUAUUAAGAUUUGGUGAUGAUCAUGAAAUAUAUAAAAUGUAUCUAUCAUCACAACUUAUUCGAUAUAUUACUUAUGAAUAUUUAACAGUAACAAAUAAUAAACAGUAUCAAAUACUAACCAAUGAUGAAUCAAAAAUCUUAUUUUGUCGUGAUUGUUCAUUGAAUGAUUUAGGUGCAUCAAAAUGUCGACGUCGGAAAUGUUUAGCAAAUCGAGUACGAGAUAUGUUUGAUAAAUUAUCCUGUCAUAUUAUUCCAUGGGAAAACGGACAACAUUUUGCUAUUUUACAAAAUGAUGAUACAAAUGAGAAUGAUGAUGAUGAUGAUGAUAAUUCAGUUCUAUUUAUUUAUCUUAAAUCAAAUAAUUGUCGAUAUAAGAAAAACUCUAAAAAUUGGAUACAAGAAUAUUUUUAUUUAUUAGAUUUAUUUCGUAUACUUCAUAUUAAUAUAGUUCGAGAAUAA